GUCCAAUAACUUCUCCAUAUCGAAAAGCCAGCGACCCCAGAGUCAAUCAAAACUAUCUUUAUUUCUAAAUUCCUUGAGAAACAUAUAUACCGGCACGCAAUAGUACUCUUCUCGACGUAAUCUCCUUAGUAAAACAAUAACAAUGGAAGGUAGGCAUGAAUAUAAGAAGGGGCUGUGGAAUUCCCAGGAAGACAAGAUUUUAAUGGAGCACGUGAAGCAGCACGGGGUAGGGAAGUGGAAUCGUAUUGCUAAAGCCACUGGGUUGAAGAGAUGUGGCAAAAGUUGCAGACUGAGGUGGAUGAACUAUCUGAGUCCGAACGUGAAGCGUGGAGAUUUCUCCGAAGAAGAAGACGACCUCAUCAUUCGCCUCCACAAUCUCCUUGGAAAUAGAUGGUCAUUGAUAGCAGGGAGGGUGCCAGGAAGGACAGACAACCAAGUGAAGAACUACUGGAACACUCAUUUGAGCAAAAAGUUGGGUGUUAAUAAGAAGGAAAAGAUCAAAACUUGUCAACAUUCAAAGUCACCCUCUACCAAAUCAAAUGAUAUGGCUCUUAACAUCAAGUCAAAUCCUUACAAGGAAAUUUUAAAUUGCAGUGAAAAUAGUGAAACUAGAAAGUUUCUACAAGAUAAUUCUUUGCAGGAGAUGAUUAUAAUUGAUGAUUUUGAGACCAACUUCUUAUUUGCUGGCAAUGGAAUUGGCUUUUAUGGUCCUUCCUCCUCCAUUGAGCCUUUCCAAGACUACUUUGUUGACCCUUACCCUGAUUGGGCUGCCUUGUAAAUUAAUAAAUCCUUUUUCCAAUCAA